AUGUUCAAGGCCCGCCUGGUGCAGCGACAGCAGCCACGGCUGCACGGCAAUCCCGAUGUGCACAUGACAAGUGGUGCUGGCUCGGGCCGAUGCUAUCACGCCGACAACCCGGACGACGGUGGGGACAGGAACGCUGGGGUCCACACCACGUUGUGCUAUCAAUAUGUGGCCAAGCCACCGUGGAAGAGACAGCGCGCUGUCGUCGGUGGUCGAAGAGUGCCGUACUUUAAGUCGCAGCUCCAACACGUCCGCCAACGACGACGCACGUACCUCGAUCACAACGGACUCAGCUCCAUCGACGAAGAACCCGCCAACGCGUGCGAAGCGUGCCAUUCGAAUACCUUCAGCCGUCUCGACCACACCAAGAACAUUACGCUGACCACGAACCGAUGCAACGUCAAGUUGCAUCGUCGAUGGGGUGCCAAACCCGUCGACAUUCGUCUAUGCUAA